AUGUUUGGCGGAUUCAACGAUCAGGACGCCUUCGGCGCCAACUGGAACCUAGACGAGAUCCAGCAGCUUGAGGACAUCACAGCGGGAGGGUUCAUCGAGGACGAUGCCAUUCCACCGCAUGAUAAUUUGGCGCUGAACGCUGACAAGGUAGCGCCGACCAAGCAGGCGUGGAUGCCGGCCAAGAUCGGCAUGAUCGUGUCUGCCUGGAAGGGUGAGACCUCCUACAUUCAGUUCUUCAACAAGAUACCGGACAUCGUAAAGAUUCUGGGUCGCAUAGAGAAAUACAAGAGCACAGAGGAGAACACGAUGAUCCUCAUCGACGACGGGACUGGCCGCGUGCCGUGCAUUUACGUCCAUCCUAGCGACAUGACCUCUUUUCGGCAGCGUGAGCUGGACAAGGUGCUGCAUUCGCAAAAGAUGGUGGUCGUCUAUGGCACUUACAACCCCAUCUACAGUGUGAAGUGUCCCGCGCUAAUCAUUUUCAAGAUCCGGGAGGUGUGCUCUCCGGACGAGUUCGCGUUGCACGAGCUGGACGUAAUGCACAUGAUCAUACGCAACGAGCGCGAUGGCACUCCACUCCAGACAGUUGAGGUGGGGUAUGUGCUACAAGACUACGCUCCGAAGUCGGUCGACCUCAUGGGUAACCCGGUGGAGAGUGGCAUGCCAACCAUUCCAACUGCUGCUGCCAUUAAUAUGCACAACACGGCUGCUCCUGGCGCUGACUCGAGUGUGAAUUCUGCGUUCUCUCCUGGAGUGAUAUCAAACGCUUCUUCAGUCAUGGCUACGACAAUGACCCCUGGAGGGGCGUCAGUGUCGACGCCGGGCACCGCUGGAGCAAAUACGCCGGACUGCCAAGGCCCUCUCACUCUGAUGAAGUACAUUGCGCACCUUUUGGCCGCCGAAACCCGCAAUGGCAACCUGAACGGUCUGCAUGUGGGCGAGAUCACCCGGCUGUGCAAGCAGCAGCGCAACUUUCAAUCGAUAUCUGAGCAACACGUGCGAAAGGUUUUGGCGGAGCUGGAGAAGGACGCCACGGUGUACCAGACGGUGGAUGCUCACACGUUUGCGUCCACCGAUGCAUGA